AUGAACAAAUUCGUUGCCGUCCUUAUCGCCGCCCUUGCCGCUUCUGCCCAAGCCGAGAACCGUCUUCUUCAGACCGCUGCCCCUGUCGCUGUCCCUGUGAUGACCGUCAUGACACCUGUCGCCACCCCAACUACCGGGUCGUCUUCUUCCGUCAAGUCUGCCAGCAGUUCCAAGUCCUCCUCUUCUCGCAGAAAGCUUCAAACCGCUUCCCCUGUUGCGGUUCCAGUCAUGGUUGUGACUCCCGUCGCCACCCCAACCACUGGAUCUUCUUCUUCUGUCAAGUCUGCCAGCAGUUCCAAGUCUUCCUCUUCUCGUCGUGUCUUGAAAAAGAAUCAAGACAAAGCAAUCAACAAAAUAAUCAAGAUGAACAAAUUCGUUGCCGUCCUUAUCGCCGCCCUUGCCGCUUCUGCCCAAGCCGAGAACCGUCUUCUUCAGACCGCUGCCCCUGUCGCUGUCCCUGUGAUGACCGUCAUGACACCUGUCGCCACCCCAACUACCGGGUCGUCUUCUUCCGUCAAGUCUGCCAGCAGUUCCAAGUCCUCCUCUUCUCGCAGAAAGCUUCAAACCGCUUCCCCUGUUGCGGUUCCAGUCAUGGUUGUGACACCCGUCGCCACCCCUACCACUGGAUCUUCUUCUUCUGUCAAGUCUGCCAGCAGCUCCAAGUCUUCCUCUUCUCGUCGUGUCCUAUAA